GCUCCACCCAUUCAGAUCUUUCUCAUACUGAACCCGAACGCGCCUAGCACGUCCGUGUUCACAUUUUCUGCUGUACCUUGAACGAAAUUUCAGAAAGACAACAGCGGACGAAGCUUCGUCAACAGAAGGUCUGUGGUAAACCUAAAACAUAUCUGUCUGUUAUCAGCAACUAUUCUUACUCGUACAAUGGUGAACUGCUGUGGUUUGGUCACUGACAACAAGGAACCAGUUCCUCUGAAGGGCAUUGAUGCUCAACUGGAGGUGAAGGACCAUGUAGCUACUCUGGUCUCCACUCUGAACUAUGAGAACAAGGAGGACAAACCUCUAGAGGCUGUGUUUGUCUUCCCUCUGCCUGGAGAUGCUGCUGUGUGUCAUUUCAGUGCUCAGAUUGGAAAAACACACAUUGUAGCUGAGGUGAAGGAGAAACAGCAGGCUCAGGAGGAGUAUGAUGAUGCCCUGAGCUCCGGUCAGCAGGCCUUCCUGUUGGAGGAGAGUGAUGAGAGUCCAGAUAUUUUCUCUCUGAAAGUGGGCAGGCUGCCUCCAGGAGAGAGCGCCUCCAUCAGGCUGGAGUACGUCACUGAGCUGGCUGUGCAGGCUGAUGAUGGGCUGAGGUUCUGUCUGCCUGCUGUGCUCAACCCUCGAUACCAACCUCAGGGUAGUGAAGGUCCCAGUGUCCAGGUGACCUCAGUACCAGCCUCUCUGGUGCCCUACAGUCUGUCCUUCUCUGCCAGAGUGUCCUCUCCUCGUCCAGUCUCUAAAAUAGAGUCCAGUUGCUCUCUGGAGCCUCUUCAGUAUAUCAACGCUGAUCAAACUCAGGCCACGGUCAAAUUGGGUGGAGGACACAAGUUUGACAGAGACAUUGAGCUACUGAUUUAUUACAAAGACACCCACCAGCCCUCUGCUGUGGUGGAGGCAGGACAGGCCUCUGCCAAACCUGGCUCUCUGAUGGGUGACCCAGUGGUGAUGGUUAGCCUUUACCCUGAGUUCCCCCAAUCAGUGAUGUCAUCACUCGCCGCCUGUGGAGAGUUUGUGUUCUUGAUGGAUCGAUCAGGAAGUAUGGGCGACCGCAUGAACAACAGCGCACCGCAAGAAACUCGCAUUAGCAGUGCACGGGACACUCUGCUGCUCCUGUUGAAGAGUUUACCAAUGGGCUGCUACUUCAACAUUUACAGUUUUGGUUCCUCCUUUGAGCACAUCUUCCCUAAGAGUGUGGAGUACAAUGAGAAGACCAUGAAGGAGGCUCUAGAAAAGGUCGAAAAGAUGCAGUCUAAUCUUGGAGGAACAGAGAUUCUUCAGCCUCUCGAACACAUUUACAGCCAAGCCUGCAUUCUCAAACAUCCUCGACAGUUGUUUGUCUUCACUGACGGAGAGGUUGGAAACACCAAAGAAGUUACUGAUCUUGUUAAGAAGAAUGCAGGCUCCCACAGGUGUUUCUCUUUUGGGAUUGGAGAAGGAGCCAGCUCUGCUCUCAUCAACGGGAUGGCCAAAGAGGGCGGAGGUCACGCUCAAUUCAUCACUGGGGCUGACAGGAUGCAACCAAAGGUGAUGCAGUCACUCAAGUUUGCACUGCAGCCGUCUGUGGCGGACAUUUCUGUCUCUUGGGAUUUACCAAAGGGAGUGUCCGCCACCGUUCUCUCUCCACCCAUUACAGCAAUAUUUCAGGGUCAAAGGUCACUGAUUUAUGCCCAGCUUACAGGACCGAGUUCAGAGGCAGCAGAUGGCAGUGUGACAGUAAAGUACAGCCUGGCAGGUCAUUCCUCUCAGAACCAGCUGCACUUCAAUCUCAAACCUGCAGAGGACUCUGGAUUAACAGUCCACAGGCUGGCUGCUUGCACUGUGAUUCGCUCUAUGGAGUCAGAGGAGAGGACACAAAAAAUAAACCAGGAUGAAGAAAUGAAGAAGAAGGUGGUGGAGAUCAGUGUCCAAUCAGGAGUGAGCAGUUGUUUCACUGCCUUCAUUGCUGUCAACAAAGACAGCGGCGAGGCAGUUCAAGGACCGAUGGUGCGCAGAAAUAUCCCGACAGAGAUGUAUCGGAUUUGCGCCUUGAUGGAUAUGUCUUAUUCAGCUCCACUAAGAUCUUCUGGGUUUGAUCAAUCUCCAACAUAUGAAGGAAGUGCAGCUAAGUCGUUCAACUUAGCUUCAAAGAAGAAAAAAGGUGGAAUAUUCUCUGGGUGGUUUGGCAAGAAGAGCUCUUGUAAGAAGAUAGAGAGAGCUCCAAAUUUUAGUAGUGAAUAUAGUGAAAUAGGUUCAGCAAGGUUAGCCACUGAACUACCACAUUCGCUAACUGUGGGGGUUCAGUCCCAGAAAGACCCUGUGCUGCAGCUGGUGUCCCUGCAGAAUGCGUCUGGCAGCUGGAUGCUUGAUGAAGCUCUGGCUGCUGUGCUGGGAAAAACCAAAGAGGAGGUGGAAAAGGCAAAACCAGAAUUGGUCAACAGUGAAGUGUGGGCCUCCAUUCUGGCUCUGAUUUGGCUUCAUGGUUUUAAGAUGGAUGCAAAGGAGGAGUGGGAGCUUCUGUCUAUGAAGGCUGCAUCAUGGAUUAAAGCUCAGAAUGCUCCAUGUGUGUCGGAGUGUGUUGAAGCUGGAAAUAAACUGUUGCACUGCAGCAUGAAGAAAGAAGCUCUGGGGCUCUGAGAUUUUAUAUGAACAGCCUUCAGCUCUACUAUGGAAGCACCUGAGUGGAGGAAGGAAAAGACUGAAGUUAAUAAUGACCAAGAAGCAAAUGCACUCUGUUUAUUCCAAGUCUAGGAUUUGUUUUUGCCUUUUUGCAACAUUUAAUCAUGCAUCAGUCAGCAUGGCUUGUAAUAUUUGAACCCUAUGCAUAAGACAGAAGUCAUGGAGCAUAAAAAUGCUUUUUGUUUACUACAACGUAUUUGCAAUUUAACCAGUUUUAUUGAAACAAUUUAUAUAUAUGUAUAUAUGUGUGUGUGUAUAUGUAUAUGUAUAUAUAUAUAUAUAUAUGUGUGUGUGUGUAUAUGUAUAUGUAUAUAUAUAUAUGUGUAUAUAUAUAUAUAUAUAUAUAUAUAUAUAUGUGUGUGUAUAUGUAUAUGUAUGUAUAUAUGUAUGUAUAUAUAUGUAUAUAUAUAUAUAUAUAUAUAUAUAUGUGUGUGUAUGUAUGUAUGUAUGUGUGUAUAUAUAUUUGUGAGAAUUAAAUGAGUAAUAGAAAAUAACAGCAGACCAGAAAAUAUUCAUCCUUCAGUUUUUUAAAUGAUUCUCUAAAUUCCUUUCUUAGUCAUUCUGGCCCUCAGACCGGUCGACCAUUUUCUACCACUUCUUUGACAUAAACCUUUAAACUGUAUUCAACUCAUUAUCCAACCAAACAUUGUGGUAUCUGUAUGUAGUCAGGGUUUCUGUGAAGAAUUGUUCGUGAAGAGCUGUUUGGGAUUCACUCUGUUCUCUACUGUAUAUGUUCCUAAGAAGCGUUCUUCAUAACAUAGACAUAUUCUCCAAUAAAUAUGAAAUACAUCAGUCACAGAAAAA